AUGGCCUCCAAAAUAGAGAAGACGCUUGCGCGACAACGCGAAAAAAUCGCAGAAGGCCAAUUCUACGAAGCCCACCAACAACUCCGCGUAAUCGCUUCCCGCUACACAAAAGCCUCAGACUGGGCGUCCGCAACCUCCAUCCUCCACUCUGGCGCGCUGUCCCUCCUCCAAGCAGGUCAAGGCGGCUCAGGCGGCGAUCUCUGCAUAUUCCUCCUCGAUGUGUACAACAAGGGGGAAGUGAAGGUAGAUGCAGAGAGCAAAGGACGACUGCUAGGCCUUCUACGUGCCUUCCCCAAGGAUGAGCCUACAAAGAAGAAGUUUGUGGGUGAGAUGGUAGCGUGGAGCAGUCGAGUUGGCGAUUACCCAGCUGGUGACCCAGAAAUACACCACGUCGCUGGAGGACUAUACGCAGAAGAUCUCGAGCCCUACGAAGCAGAACGCCACCUCCUCCUCGGCACCCAAGACAGCGCCUCGACCCUCUCCUCCCUCCACUACUCGUGGUACACAUCCGACGCCCCGCACACCGCGCCCCUCUACGCCGCCCGCGGCAUCCUGCCUUACCUCCUAACCGGCAACCUACGCGCCGCGAACAAACACUACCUCCUCUUCACUUCCUCGCUGCAAAAAGCGCCGAAUCCGCCUACCCAGCCCGUCAGCACAAAGUCCUCCGACUUCCGCGUAUACCCCUCGUUACCGUUGUUGAAUUUCCUCGGAUUGUUGCUGUUGAGCGUGGAGAGGGGCGAUCCGAGUUUGUGGAGGCAGCUCAAGAGCCAUUAUGCGGGGGACCUCAAGGAGGUGAACUGGAACGAGGCGUUGGAUCAGAUUGGCGAGAUGUACUUUGGGAUCAAGAUUCCAAGGCAGGGGAACCCCAUGUUCGACAUGUUGGGGAGUAUGUUCGGGGGAGGCAUGGGAGGAGGAGGUGCGGCGGCGCCGAAGAAGGCUGUUGGUGGUAGGCCGCCGGCUGCUGGUCUAGAUUAA